CUUGGUUUCGCACGAUUCAUUACGCACUCGUGCUCCUCGAGACGACCACCGGUCUAUGACUGUUAUACAACUAAUCACGCUGGUUAACGGUAUUAACGCUUGGUGUAUCGCCUUUUUUUGGCUGCCUAUAAGACUACGGGACAUUAGCGCUGGUUGUUUCGGUCGGCCACUUUUGUACGAUAAAGCUCUCGUUCCUAUUACGGUGGUCUCUUGUCUGAUUAGCCGUGAGAACAACAUAAGGAGAACUACCUCCAGCACCGAGGGGUGGGGUGGUAGUGUUUACUUUAUAUGAGUGACCAUUUCUACCCCACCUAUCGACGUGGACGGUGACAGAUCAACGAACUUAAAAACAACCUUGAUCUGCUACCAUAGCCACUAUACUGGUUAAGGGGACGCGUGCGAUUCUGCGCAUGUGAAAUAACAAUGCGUGAAUUUGCAAGCGAACCUACCUUGCCACUUAGCUAUACAUAAUUAUAUGUAUACUCUCAUUGUCUGGUACGGGAAUAUAACUAUAACUAUUCCCAUAGGGCCAUGCAUGUAUCACGUGACUACGUGACAAUUGAAGGCAAAGAAUAUAAUCUAAGCUUCAUCAUCAUCCCAGCCACCGAUAACGGGGGCAAUGGCACGAAAUGGAAUACGUUCUUUCGACGUAUUAAUUGGACAUCAUCGGUAUCUAUACCGCACUCCUUCUACACACUUGACUUGGGUAACCAAGGCAAACAUGUCUACCAUCCUUGCGCACCAUUCCACCUCGCCCGUGAUGAGGUCAAGGACUGGCUCAUUUGGAAAAAAGUCGUGGUUAAUGAAACCACCGAUGAAGUAGCUAAACUACUUAUGUUUAAAGACGGCAUCGAUGCCAAAACACUGGUGGAAUCGGAUGAUUUCAAAACAGGCAUAUCCUCCCACAUCCAACAUGAUGUCUGGGCUACACAAUUAGCUAAUUCUAGCAAACAACUGGUCACUACCCAAGACACCAUCAAGAAGGCUAUUAGCCACGGGCUCGAUAAUAUCACUUCGGUGGUGAGCAAAAAAAUACAACAGGAAUUCCGGAACCAGAAUUUCCGACGUAACAACUGGCGUGACGACGACUAUGACAGACAAUCAUAUCGCCGCCCGGAUGAUUACAGCCGGAACCAGCGUCAAGCUGAGCAACCAAUGUAUCAACCAACCAUUGGUACACCAACUAUAGCCAUCAACCCAGCCCCACAACAGCUCAACCAGCAGCUGGCAGCCCCACAGGGCUAUUGGAACCCGGCAAUCGCCAACCAACCAACAGGCUUAGUCUAUGCCUCACCUCAACCGGUUCAGCAACAACCGGUUCAGCAACGUACUGAAAUUCCGUACCGUAAUUUUAUAACAAGGGUCAGCACGGGCUACAAACCCCAUAUCUACCCGACCGUUAAGGCAUUAAAUCGGAUGCUCCGAAACCAGGUCCUUAUAAACCAAUCUCACUACAAUAUCUCUGAUGAAGAGAUUGAGGCCCUCUGCCUCGGACUUAACUUCAUACCAUCGGACAUUAGUCCGGAAGCGAAAGAAGCCAACUCCAGCAACCUUAACCAAGGUGUCAGCAAACUAAUUAGAGCAAUCAACAUCAGCCUACAUUUUGGAGAUAACUCCAGUACGAAUACAAGGAAGGGACGACUAACUAAGUUCCUCCCGAGCACUUGGGACCCCCCUACCCGAUCAUGGACACAAAUUCCAGCUGUGAUCGAUAUCCUGGACAAUAUCAUGAGCGUACCAAACGGUGCUGAACAUGUGGGAACUCCCCAACCAAUUAUAGAAGCAAUCGAGAAACUUCAAUCAGAAACCAAACUACACAUCCUUAAAGCGGAUAAAGGCCGGAACACAGUAAUCUGGGAAGCAGACGCCUACGACAGGGAGGCAACUAGACAGUUGUCAGACAUAACUACGUAUACGGAAUUAACCUUAUCUGAGUAUCACUCUCACCUCCAACGAAUCCAUUGCCUAUGUGAGACUCUCUCUGAGAAUCUACUAGCUAAUGGUUACAUAACAACAAUGGAGGACGAAGCAAUACGCUCCACCGAAACACGUGGAGCAUAUAUUUACUUUCUGCCCAAAACCCACAAAGACAUAAACAAAACAAGCUUAACAUUUCCUGGGCGACCAAUUGUUGCUACCUUCACAUCAGGAACUUAUCUACUCGACAAACUGAUAACAGAGGUUACUGCACCUCUCCUCCCCCGAAUACCGGGUUCACUAAUUGACACUAGCGACCUCGUGGAUAAACUUCCUAAACAAAAGUUACCUGAGGGUACACUCAUCACCACAAUGGAUGUGACCAGCCUAUACCCAAACAUACCAUGGGGUCCUGGCAUAGAGGCCGCAACCUCAUUCUACACCAGCAACCUGGAAUUCUUGCAACAGGUCGCGGAACAAAACAAUCUACUCCGACCACCCCACCCAGCACUAUUCAAAAGAAUUCUCAACACUGUCUUAUGCAACUCUAUCAUUAACUUCAAGGAUAUACGGUUUUUUCACCAAACCAAAGGCACGGCCAUGGGUUGUUGUAUCUCGGUCUAUUUCGCCAAUUGCUAUAUGUUCCACCUUACUCAACCGGUGAUCGAAAGACCUCCAGGUUGGCUUAUCACCUUCCUAAGAUUCAUAGACGACAUUCUCAUCAUCUCGAAUCACACGGGACCCAACGAACUACCUGAAUUAAUUAAAUCUAUAACUACGGAGCAUAUAGCGUAUACACACACGCAGCCCAGCCAAUCGGACAAUUUUUUGGAUAUCACUAUCCACCUCAAAGCUUCUACCAACACACUUGAAAUCUCACCUUAUACUAAGGAAACGGCCUCGGGAGCCUAUUUACACCCAGCCUCCAAUCACCCCGGUCAUGUCCUUUCGGCCAUACCGUACUCUCAAUUUUUAAGAUUACGACGAAACUCGUCUACAAUUGAUAUAUUCAAAAACACGCCCGAAAAAUGA